AUGACCUCCAGAUUGGACCGGCUCCUCCUCCUCCUCGAUACCGGGUCCACGAGCUCGGUCAGAACAACAGCAGCCAAACAACUAGCACAACUAGCUGCCAAGAGCGUCAUUGGCGAUGUCUCCAUCGUCGAAGAAGACGUCAAGACUAAUCGGCAACACACAUACCUCGCGGACCAGUCCGCUUGGUCAGAGCUUAUGGCGGUAGUCGCGCGGAUACUGCCAUGUCUCCACUCCAGAUCGUACGAGACCCGUUCGGCUGCCUCAACGGCCCUUUCCCAAGUAUUUUCCCUAGUCCCACUCUGGCAGCCGGGUGCAGAUGUGGACAGCACACGGGAUGUUUCUGUACAUCCACCACCCGAAUUUCCACCCUUCUCCGUGUGCGAGCUCAUGGAGAAAGGUACCCUACUCCUGGCGUCGUCCGGCAAGGAGUUUGUGAAACCCACAGGAAUCCUGGCUAGCUCGUCUGAAGUCAAGAAAGCUAGGAAAGAGGCCAUGGGACGCCUGGGCUUGGACUUCUUAGACGGCUUCAGCGGCGAUGACGAUAUGGACAUCGAGAAGGAGCUGGUCGCUGACGAGGCUGAUCAGGACGUGGAAAUGGAGACCGCCCCAAAGAUUGAGGAAGAAUCCGCGAAAAGAGCCUUCGCCCCCGCGCGCUCCGGAACUAGCACUCCUGUCAUGCCACAACCCGUUUCUCAGGACGUGGUCAUGGCAGACGACUCCGCAUUGUCUGCACGUGAACGGAACAGACUCAAACGAAAGCGAAAGCCGGGAAACAAUGCUUUUGUCGCCGCACCUGCUCCGCCUGCGCAAGGCGCUGGGGCGAAAUAUAACGCAGCGCCGGUUGGCCAGUCCAAAGCCCGUCUUAUUGCAGCCGACGAACAAUCGUCAACUGCAGGCAAGGGCAGUGAGAAGUCACCUCGAGACACUGCCUCUCAAGAGAAAGUCGUCAUCGAUCCCUCGAAGGGCGGUGCUGUCUCGCCUAAAGCUCAGAAGCAGUCCAAAGCACUAGAGGUUCCGCAGGGCCGUUGGGUUUGGGAUGGUCUCGCCAAGGUGUUGGAAGUCGAUCUGUUUAGCCCCGCCUGGGAAGUGAGACAUGGUGCCGCAAUGGCGCUGAGGGAGUUGUUGAAGCUUCAAGGCAAAUACGGUGGCAUGCAAGUUGGGCUGAGCUGGGAAGACAAUCUCCUCGCACACGAGAGGUGGUGCAACGAACUCGCCGUCCAAUUCCUUUGUAUUUUCGUGCUUGACAGGUUCGGCGACUUCGUCUCGGACCAGGUUGUCGCACCGGUACGAGAAACGGUCUCGCAGACUCUCGCCUCUCUCCUCCUUCACAUGCCUCGAAGAUCUGUCCUACGUGUCCAUUCGAUCCUGCUUCACAUGAUCCGUCAGGACUUCCAGGUUCCUGUGAAACCCAUCAUUUCGAAGACCAGAGGUCCCGACAGAAACACCGACAAGAGUCAUAUCUGGGAGGUCCGGCACGCCGGUCUGUUGGGCAUCAAAUAUGAAGUCGCAGUCAGAAGUGAUCUCGUGAGCGCUGCGAAGUCGGAAGAUGGCCAAGACCUCUUGAGAGGUGUAGUCGAUGCUGCCGUCUUAGGCUUGGGUGACCGCGACGAUGAUGUCCGUUCGGUCGCGGCGUCCUGCCUACUACCCGUCGCCGCCCAUCUCGUGGGUCGUUUGCCCGAAGAACUACCGCGAGUACUCGCCGUGCUAUGGAGCUGUCUCAGCGACAUGAAAGACGAUUUAAGCUCCAGCGUCGGUGCAGUGAUGGACCUGCUUGGUGAGCUCCAUCCCGUCCAUCAACCCGUGAUGGUUGCUGAUAACAACCUUAGGGAAGCUGGUCACCUACAUCCGAUCACGAUGCUCGCGCCGACAUUGUUCCCGUUCUUCCGCCACACUAUCGCCAAUGUCCGACUUGCCGUAGUCAACACGCUCCAGACCUUCAUGACCGUCACGUCCCUUCCGAAGGAGUGGAUGACCCUUCCGUAUUUGCGACUCCUCUAUCAGAACCUCAUCGUCGAGGAACGCGGCGACAUCCGCCAUGCUACUCUGACAGCUUGGCGGCUCGUCCUCUCCAUCAUUAGUUCAGUGACCGGCUGGCUAGAGUCCUUGGCAACGCAGCAGGUCCUGCUGGAAUGGUAUGCUGUCUUGAUGACACCCCUCGGGUUACCGCUUGACGCGUCGGCUUUCCAUGAUGCAACCGCUGCGAUGGAGCAAGACGGUGUAUCUGAGCGGCAUAACGUCGACAAGAAUAUGCUCGCUCAGGAUCUCGCACUAAUACCUGUCGAGACCGUGUUGAAGGCCCGAGUUGCGGCGGCGGCGGCGUUGGCACAUGUCAUUGCUUCCUGGGACAACAACGGCUCGUCACUCGACGAUACAUUUCGCCCCAUCCUCGUCCAUUACUCGAGUCGACGAAAUGGGCCAAGAUAUGACGCGAAGCUGGGGCCCUCGGCCCCCUUGCUCAUGGAGAAGUCGUCGCUCGCCUCUGAGAUUAGCGAGAAGACACUGUCCUGGCUACAAGCCGAGCCCCCUGCGGCAGUGCUACAACUCCUGCAGUCGUUCGCUUAUGAUUGCAAGCUGCCGCAGUCGUCCAUACCGGUCUUGGGUACGGAGGUUGACAUUACCGACACGAAGUCUGGUUGCUUCACCAUUCAGACUGCGCAUGCAGCGGUUGGCGAGAUGUUCGACAAGCUCAAGGCCACGGGAACUCGCAUCAUCAAGGAGAAGCGUGUCAAAGUCGUUGCGAGCAUCGAGCGGUAUGUGGAGGUCAAGGCGCAGUAUGAUAUCCGGGUGUCCGCCGCGUUCGCGGCAGCCUUCGUCGCCUUCAAGGGCACACCGGACAAAGUCAGCCCCAUUGUCAAGGGUAUCAUGAACAGCAUCAAGAACGAGGACAACGUCGACCUUCAGACCCGUUCAGCAGUCGCGGUCGCGGCCUUUGUCGAGUUCUGCGUGUCCCGCGAAAUAGCUCAGCCCCCGGACAAGAUCGUGAAGAAUUUGUGCACCUUCCUUUGUCAGGAUACCGACCAGACUCCAACGUUUGCUUAUGCGAGGAAGACGCUUGUGGGUAUUCUGUCGUUCCCCAAGUCGGCUUCGCACAGCAAUGCCAAAGAGGAGAAGAGCCCACCUAGUCCAGAGGAUGCUGCGAGAGCAUAUCUGUCGCGCAGGGGUGCGCAGCUCGCCUUUGUGGAGCUAUCCAAGAAAUUCGGGGCGCGUCUAUUAGAUGCUGUUCCCAAGAUGUGGCAAUCUAUGGCGGGGGGCCUUGUCAGUGCCUGCUCUACCGACGACCUCGAGAAGAUGGACAAGCAGAUCGAGAAGCAGUCGGGACAAGACGUCAUCGACUCCUUCAGUGUCCUGGAAGCGAUCGUUCCGACAUUCCACGAGUCUCUAUGGCCCAAAUUCAGAGAAGUCUUCCCGAUGAUCAUCCUUGCCCUUCGUAGUCGCUUCGCCAUUAUCCGCCAGGCUGCAGCCAAGUGUUUUGCUACGAUGUGCGAUACCAUGACAAUGGAUGCUAUGCGGGCAGUCAUUGAGACCGUCAUCCCCUUCCUCGGCGAUGAUCUGAACCUCUCGAACAGACAGGGUUCGACAGAGCUUAUGUAUCACAUCGUUCAAAAGCUGGACAUGAAGGCUUUACCCUAUGUCAUAUUCAUGGUCGUACCCGUCCUCGGUCGGAUGAGCGACCCCGACGAUGAUAUCCGCGCGACCGCCACCAACACGUUUGCAUCAUUGGUGAAGAUGGUCCCGUUAGAGGCCGGAUUGCCAGCUCCCCCGGGCUUCUCUCAAGAGCUGCUUCAGCGCAGGGACUCGGAGCGUCAAUUUCUCAUGCAGUUGUUGGACGGUAGCAAGGUGCAGCAGUACAACAUCCCGGUUACGAUCAAGGCCGAGCUGCGGAAGUACCAACAGGAGGGUGUCAAUUGGCUCGCCUUCCUUGCAAAAUAUCAGCUGCAUGGUAUUCUCUGCGAUGACAUGGGUCUCGGCAAGACGUUGCAGUCAAUCUGUAUCCUGGCGAGCAAGCAUCACGAACGGGCGAAGAAGCACGAGGAGAUGAAGUCACCCGACUCCGUCCACCUUCCUUCUCUCAUUGUUUGCCCUCCGACGCUCACGGGCCAUUGGUACUACGAGAUACUGAAGUACACCGACAACCUCAAGCCUGUCACGUAUACCGGUAACUCGAGAGAGCGAAGCAAGCUUCUGUCGAGACUGAAGAAGUUCGACGUCGUCAUCACCUCGUACGAAGUUGUUCGCAACGACAUCUCCAGCCUCGAAGAUAUCAACUGGCACUACUGCAUUCUGGACGAAGGUCACAUCAUCAAGAAUGCGAAAACCAAGCUCACCAAGGCGGUGAAAUGCAUCCGCGCCCAUCACCGUCUCAUCCUCUCGGGGACGCCCAUUCAAAACAACGUCCUGGAGCUUUGGAGCUUUGAAACGUCCUUCAACGAGCGCUUCAGCAAGCCUAUCCUAUCGAAUAGAGACGGCAAGUCGAAGAACGGCGAAGCGGCUGCCCUUGCGCUUGAGGCCCUGCAUAAACAAGUCCUGCCAUUCCUUCUACGUCGAUUGAAGGAGGACGUCUUGAACGACCUUCCUCCGAAAAUCAUUCAAGACUACUACUGCGAACUGUCAGACUUACAGAAGUACCUCUACGACGACUUCUCGAGGUCUCGUGCUGGUGCAGCCGCAGAGGACGUCGUUCGUUCUGACAAAGGUCAGAGCGGGGAUCAGCAACACGUCUUCCAGUCUUUGCAAUACCUGCGCAAGCUCUGCAAUCACCCUGCUCUCGUGCUCAAAGAUAAGCAAUCCAUCCUCGAUGCCCUCGCGCACGCUGGGCAGAAGGCUGGGUUGAGCGACAUCCACAACGCACCGAAGCUCUUGGCUCUGAAGCAACUCCUCGUUGAUUGUGGGAUCGGCGUGGGGUCUUCCGUGUCUGGAGAGAUCGCCAAGUCUGAGCUUGCGGACGCCGAACCGACUACGUCGGGGGCGUUCUCCCAGCACCGCGUUCUCAUUUUCUGCCAGAUGAAACAGAUGCUGGACAUCAUAGAGAAAGAUCUGUUCAAGCCGCAUAUGCCUUCCGUCACCUACAUGCGCCUGGACGGUAACACCGACGCCAACAAACGCCAUGCUGUCGUUCAGACUUUCAACUCCGACCCGAGUAUUGACUGUCUCCUCCUCACGACCCACGUCGGUGGUCUCGGUCUGACCUUGACGGGUGCCGAUACGGUCAUUUUCGUGGAGCACGACUGGAACCCGAUGAAGGAUCUUCAAGCCAUGGAUCGUGCUCAUCGUAUCGGGCAGAAGAAGGUCGUCAAUGUAUACCGACUCAUCACCAAGGGCACCCUGGAAGAGAAAAUCAUGGGCCUGCAACGGUUCAAGCUGAAUAUCGCUAAUUCUGUUGUUACGCAACAAAAUUCUGGCCUGUCGUCCAUGGACACAGACCUAGUCUUGGACCUCUUCAGACACACCACAGAGGCCGAGGAAUCGACUUCCGCGAUGAAGAAGAAUGAAAAGGAGCCGCACGCGCUGCCCGGUCAGCGUAACGUUCUAAAAGGACUGGAAGAUCUACCUCCGGAGGAAGAAUACGAAGGUCUCGACUUAUCGAGCUUCAUGGGCUCACUCGAACGACAGUGA